UCUAUUUCGUGCGUUCACUUGAAAAAUAUUAGCAGCAACCAAACAUAACGGGUGGCUGCAUAUUGCGGUUGAAAUCACGCAGGAGUGGCAUCAUCCCAGUGUGGAGGGGUCUACCCCGAGCUUCACUCUCUCACUCCCCCUCCCAUUCUCUUUCUGUAUCUCUCACUGAUCCCACAGUGUAAGGCAGCUAAACAAACAGCGGAAUCUUUUCAGUGAAGACAGCGACAGAGCUCGGAGCUCAUCGGUCCCCAGCCCGUUCCCUGCGACAAGUGGAUUUCAACCCAGGCUUAAAUACGGUCGCUUAUACGUGACGUCUGCAGACCUGGUACGACCAUCACACCUGAUCCACUGCACAAGAACACGACACCGCCACAGUCUCAUAGACAAUAAACCACGGAGCGUCAAAGGAAGGAAAGCAGAUUCAUCAGGGAAGAUUUCAGCAAUUGUCCUUCAUGUCAAGAUUGGUGUGAAAAAUGUAUCAGGCACUAACUGUGCUAUACUGGAUAUGAGCAAAUAUGGGGACUCUGCAAGAAACCAUGACAAGUCAACAGCUUUGACAGCCCAAAAGGAAAUCCAUUUGUUUUUGCAUUUGUGAAAGAUAUUUUUUUACUCUCAAUAGAAAACUCCCAUAAGAAUCUAACCUUGUUUUCCUUUAUUUUAAAACAUCCCCUUCCUCUCCACUCCCAUCAUGAUGAGUGUAUUGACGGCCUUCAGUCCUUCCUGUACCACCGUCCUUUUCCUUCCCUUUUUUAUGCUCUUAUGCCCACCAUCAUUGGUCAGAGGUGACUGCUGGCUCAUCGAGGGGGAUAAAGGUUAUGUGUGGUUGGCCAUUUGCAGCCAGAACCAGCCACCAUAUGAGACAAUCCCACAGCACAUCAACAACACAGUACAUGACUUGCGACUUAAUGAGAACAAGAUCAAAGCUAUUUUUUUCACCUCCUUGAGUCGCUUCACAAAUCUGACUGACCUCAACCUCACCAAGAAUGAGAUCUCAUACAUCGAAGAUGGUGCUUUUGCAAGCCAAGCAAAUCUACAGGUUUUGCAACUUGGAUAUAACAAGUUAACCAACCUGACUGAAGGUAUGUUGCGAGGUCUGGGACGCAUGCAAUGUCUUUUCUUGCAGCACAAUCUCAUAGAAGUCAUUGCCACCAAUGCAUUCUGGGAGUGCCCCAGCCUAAGCAACCUCGACCUGUCAUCGAACAAGCUAGCCCGACUAGACCCAUCUACUUUCACUGUGUUGGGCAGGCUCAUGGGAUGUGAGCUUGCGGGAAACCCUUUCCACUGCGGCUGUGAGCUCUAUAGUUUCCUCACCUGGUUAGAGGCCUUCAACAAUGUCACACACACCUAUGAUCGACUUCAAUGCGAGACCCCACGGGAGUUGUUUGGCUAUCCAUUGCUGAGUCCUGUAGCUGGGCACGGACGGAGUGCUCGCUACAUUCUUUCCUCUGUGUGCCGGGAUGGGGUGCGGAUUCCAGGAAUGACAUCUCUUCCACCUGAUCCUGAUUCUUCAGGCAUGGGUCCUGACAUGUUUGAACACUUUGGACCAUACCACCAGCCCACAACUUCCUCCUCAUCUGAGAAUGCAUUUAGUCCCAGCAUCAAACUGCAUCAUGUGUCUCUUUCCUCUGCGUCCCUUCUUAUCCAGAUUCCAAAGCCAUACAGCAAGAUGUACAUCCUGGUACAGUACAAUCAGAGCUUUGUGUCAGUUGUGAGGAACUUGAAGAAUAAAAAGGAAAUGAUCACCCUUAACAAGCUCAAACCAAACACCAACUACACUUUCUGCGUGGCAUCAAUACGCAAUUCACAGCGCUACAACCACACUUGUUUAUACUUUUCUACCAGAGCUCCAAAUCCAGAUGACUUGAUGCCUCCACCCUCCACGACCACCCACUACAUCAUGACCAUUGUUGGUUGCCUCUUUGGAAUGCUCAUUAUUCUCGGGUUUGUCUACUACUGCUUGCGAAGACGUCGCAGAAAAGAAGAGAAAGAAAAAUCCAUUUGUGUGAAGAAGACCAUUCUGGAAAUGCGAUAUGGACCAGAGGUGGCAGCGGCAGUUGCAAAUGACCCCACAGCUAUCCAGAAACUUCAUGAGCAAAGCCACCAUCAGCAUCACCAUGGCAAAUUACCCAUGUCCUCCUCAUCCAGCUCUGCCAUGCUUGGCCAUGGUUCCGCUAACACUAGUUCCUCACGUCUGUCCUCCAUUCCUCAAGUAGAAAAGAUGGCAACUGCCUUCUCCGAGGCCAUGGCCACUAAGGGCAACUAUAUGGAUAUUAGGACCUCUGUAGGAGGAGACGAAAGGGGGAGAGAUGGAGCUAUGUUACAUGGUGUUCGGGAGGAAGAUCUCAGUGGAGAUGAUGGAAGUGACCUGUGUGACGAUUCAGAUGAUGAUGGCCGUGGAUCGGCAUCUGAGAUUUCAACAAUUGCAAUGGAGGUUGACAAGGUCAACCAGAUAAUUAACAACUGCAUUGAUGCACUUAAGCUGGACUCUGUUGCAACAUCUGUUUCAACCACAGCAAGUGGUCCAACCUCACCCCCACCUACCUCUACCUCCUCUCUGACCAGAGGAUUGAUUCCCAUUUCUACUAGUGUCAAUGAUACUUGCCAAGUCUUUCCUUCCCCAAAAAUUCCUCCUCCACCCCCUCGUCCCUUCACAGCUCCUCUGUCCGAGAGACCUGGGAUCACAGGGGGUGGCUUUGUGUCACCACCAUACCGUCCACCUCCCCCAGCUUCUGCAGUUAGGCCCAUACAAAGACAGAUGAGUGCCGAUGCAGCUGUCAUUGUCUCUUCUUCCAAGAGGCACUGCCGCCCUUCCAGUGGGAAAGGUCGCGUUUACAGCCUAGAUGUUCCAGAACCCCACAGCCCAGAUCCUUGCCAGUAUCCAGACAAGGGCAGCCCAUUGGGGUGUGGUGAGCCCCUGGAGAGGCUCCCUUUAGUAGGUAGUGGUGGUGGUGGUUGUAGCAUUGAUGGUGGUACUUUAGAUGGGAUGGGCAUUCAGCAGCACCUGGAGGUGCACCCAGACUACCACUGUGCAGAACAUCGUCACUCAGUCCCUGCCCUUUACUAUGAGGGCUCUCAUGACUCCCCAGCCCAAAGGGUCUCUUUUCUCAAGCCUCUGUCACGCACCAAGAGAGACGCUGCUUCCUACUCUCAACUCUCUCCCCGUCACCACAAUUACUCUGGCUACUCCUCGAGUCCAGAGUACUCUUCUGAAAGCACCUUGCGCAUCUGGGAGCGCUUCCGUCCCCACAGAAAGGGUCCACAUGAGGAGUCCUGUUAUGUAACAGCUGGAAAUGCCUUGCGCAAAAAGGUCCAGUUUGCCAAGGGGGAGGACUUGCAUGACAUCCUUGACUACUGGAAGGGUGUGUCAGCACAGCAAAAGCUGUAAUCUAUGCGACUGCGUGGAAACACAGCGCAAGUCUCCUUCACUGCCUGAUAAACCAGGAGAGAGCGACUGUAGUAAAGAAAUCGGGUAAAGGCUGCAAUGUGCAAAGCGUAGCCAAGUUUGUCAGGGUUUGAGGACAAGUUACUUUAAUCUGUUUUUGUACAGUGGGCCAAAAAGAGAGUAAAAGAGCCUAAGGAUACAAUAUACACAUAAGAUAACAUUCAGAGAUAUUAUCUGAGAGGGUGACAAUUGUCGUACUCAGUAAAAAAGGGCAGAUGGGCUUAUCAUUUGUCAUUAAUUGAAAUAAUUGUAUUUUACUCAGCAUUCAUCUGUGUGUUCAUCAUUCAUAUGGUGAGACCUUUGUAACCUGAGUCCUCAUUCAGCUUGAGACAGAAUCUCUGUUUAUCCUCCCACUUAAAAAAAAAAAAAAAAAAAAAAAAAAGGCCAUCUCAUUCAUUUGUUAGGUGGGAAUGUGUAUGAGUGUGUGUUUUAGUAGAACAAAAUAAUGCACUCAUUUUCUACAAACCUGUCAAAAGCAGUUUACCCCUUCCAUAUUUUAGAGACUAUACACAGGGCAACCAAAUUUACAUUUCAAUAGCACUACUCAUGUGAGAAAAUAAAGGAAUGGAGUGAAGGAAAAGAUAAAAAAAAAUGAAACAGAAAAAUCUCCCUGUAUGGCAGCUGCUUGCUGUGCUGAGCAGGAUGACAUAAAUAGUGCAAUGAGUGCUAGAGAAAAUACUGUAUAUUUACUAGCGUCUGUGGAAAAUGUGAAAAUCUGUGUUUGAGAUUAAACAGACAUAGCUCUGUACCUCUCUCAUCACUGAUGCAUUAUUAUUAGCAUUUCUUUAUCAGAGGUUACCUUGUCACCUGUAUCACAGCAUGAGCACAAAGUGGCUGUUGGCAGUAGAGGUUUAUGUAUUCUGUUCCUCUGCCCUAAGGUCAAUUUGUUUAGUCCAUUAAUUGGCUUUUGGAAGCCUGUUGCUGCCAGCUGAGCAAUCAACAGGCAAACUAACCUAGACCCUGUUGUGACACUUUUAAACUGAUGCUUUAUAUGACAUGUUUCUCCAGGCUUUUUUUUUUUUUUUUCAUUAAUUUAUUUAUUGGGGUAAUUAUUAUCCAUGAUGCUGAUACUGAAAUUAUGACAACAUAACAAGUAGCAAUAAUUGAUUUAAUAAAUUAUAGAAAAAAUACAAAUAAUUUAUUUUAAUGAACAAAUAUUUUAUGCUCUUGUUAUCGCUUACUAACUUUUGGUUUCAAUGUUGAUUACAGCUCUUCCCACUUUAUCUCUGUCAGCAAUUAUUUUAAUAAUGUCCAGUUAGAUUAGACUAACUAAUUAGCAAUUAGCCAGGCUAUAUCCUUUAGUGUGCAAGGGUAAGCAUCCAAGACCUCCAAUUUGAUUAAAAGAGAUCACUCUUGCUUCUUUUCUCAGCAACCAAGUUCAGCCUACAGUUUCAUGGACCAAUAAACCAAAACAUUUGAUUGGUGGCUCUGUGGGAAAAUGUACAUCCGUUUACAACAUAUUCUCAAGUAUGAAAUAUGAGAUAUCCAGCAGGCACAUGAAAUGAAUUGUGUUUACUCAGUGUAUUAUAAUUAUACCCCCACCCCACUCUAAAUGUUCAAUUCAGUUUAAGUUUAUUUGUAUAGCACUUUUUUGAUACAAAUUGUAGCAAAGCAACUUUACAGAAAAUUAAGUUUUUACAAUAUUUAGGACUAAAUACAUUGCUUAAAGGUAUAGUUUCACCUAAACAUUAAAAUUCUCUAUUCAGCUUUGUGUUGUUCCAAAACUGUAUGACUAUCUUUCUUCUGCAAAACACAAGAGGUGACAUUUUGAACUGUUUCCCAUAUUCUUUUCCGUACAUAUACUGUACAAUGAAUGCGGACUGAGCUCACAAAUUUCAAAAAGGACGCAAAAGAAAGCGUGUUUCUCAAAGCUAUUGUGUGUCCUCAGAAGGCUUUGUAUGUAGCAUUCAAGUAAUAUAAACCACUUUCAUUAUAAUUUUAUGCUUUUGCAUUCUUUUUAGAGCUUAAAGGCCGCAGUCAUGAUUGAUUAUAAUUGCAUGGGAAAGAGCAUAGUAAACUUGACACUUUGUGUUAUAUGUGUUUGUUACAACAUGAAGGUGCUUACUUUUUUUAUUUAUUUCAAAUUAACAAGUAACAGGCACUUAACUUGACAUCACUUCUGGUGAAACAUGUCUGAGAUGUCCAGUUUGAAAAUUAGAUUUAUUAAAUUGAAACAAAAUGCAGACAGCUCAUAUGGGGGUUAGCAUUAGCCAGCAAACCUCUUUAUUUUGCCCCCAUUUUCAGCAUCAGGUGUUUCUGUGCCUUCAGUAAAAGGUUCCAUUAUUUGAUGUAGUACCACAUAAAGAGCCAUUUCUGUAAAUCAUAAUAUAUCCCUUUAUUUAAUAAGGGGCUCAUUGUAAAUAAAUGUUCAUAUACCAUCUUUCUUCAUCUUUCUUACCAUUUCUCUCGAUUAAUUUUUUUUCAUUGUAAAUAUGUAACAGAUACCUGCCAACAUUGGACAUACACUCAGGCAGAAUGUCUCUUUGGUUGUCUGUUUUUGGUGGCUUUAAAAAAAAAUUUGUUCAAGGAUUUUACAGGAUGCUUAAUGGUUUACAGAAGAAGGGACAGCAGCAGCUAUAAUGUGGAUUAUUAGGGCACUACUUGUGUGCUUAAGACAUUGCAGAGAGAAAAGUUGGACCUUAACCGAACAAACUGUUCUCUGGCAACUGAAAUGGACCAAUGAAGGACUGCUACCGGAGGCUUACUGUGACAUUUUCCUCACUUUAUGAACCUGAUUUUAAAACCACUUGGACUGGUAUUAAGGAACUAACAAUGAACACUCAAUCUUAAAUGACUGUUCAUUUUUAUAACAGUAAAAAUUGAUGCCCAGCUUUAUGUUUUUAGAUAUGUUUUUUUAUUGUGCCUCCCCUCAUUGACAAAGAAAAAAAAAGAAAGCAACAAAAAAGAAAGAAAAAAAACUUUGAAGGGAAGUAAUAAUACAAUUGGCAUGGCAUCUAUAAGAUUUUUCUGUUAUGUAUUAUUUGUUUUAGAAAAUGUGUGCUUACUGUUUUUUCUUAUCAUGCUUUGCUGGGGAGUAAGAUUGUGGUGUUCCCUUUUCAAUUUGCUCAAGCUUGAACAUUCCCUCAGCUCCCUUGAACAUUUCCCCCAUUCGUUCAGGACAAACUGACAAUUCAAUUAUUUCAAGUUAAGGUCUCCCUCCACCAAAUCACAUUUUUAUAUCAGACCUCCAUUCAUAUGCUAUUUCAUGAUUUAAUUCAUUCUUUCUUUAUUUUUUCACUUGGCCUUUAACUUUUGACUUGACGAGUCAUGCAUAAUUACCCAGUUCAGCCAAACAACGUUUGUUUACCACCCUACUACAGAACUAACAGGCAAAGAUAGUCAUUUCAUGGCAGUGCCACUUUCUUUAUGCUGAAAUGAUCGUAGUGGAUAGUUGGGGGUCAGAGUUUCACUACCGCUGUUUUUGGAGGAGUUUAAUAAUGCAUGUGUAUGUCUCUUCUUCUCAGUCCGGUGCUAAAGUAUUAUUAUAUUCCUGCUCCAUGUUUGCAUCGCUGUAAAAAUUUAGAUUUUGUUAACAAUUCAACGUUCAGAAGUUCCUGAAUAACCUGUUUUGACCAGGAAAGCCACGUUGACUAUUGUUGAUACCAGCUCUGGUUGAACGAAAUAGUGAUCUGUAGUGGACUGUAGGCUGUUUUUUAUUUUUUUCGGUAUUCUGUUACCUAUAACCAGUCAGUAUCACAUGGCAUAGGAUAUUUAAAAGUGUGGCUUAAUUUAUGUUCGGUCAAAGUGUCAUAUUUUUAUAUUAAUAUGUUCUUUCUGUAGGCCCUCUGACAAGAGUUGUGUUAAGGAAGUUGGUUGUACUAAGAGUAGAAAAUACUUUGACAUUAAUCAUUGUCAUAUUUUAGUAUUAUUACAUUGAGCGUAAAGUGGAUUACUCUUCCACAGCAGUUUUUACUUUUCUAAGCUCUUUAGCUUCCUCUUAGUGUUAGACACUACAGAAGGAGAUUGGCUUGAAGAGAGCUAAAGAGAUAUGAUUUAAUGCUUUGAAACAAGAUUUUCACUCCAACCUCCUUUCUUUUUAGUGAUGAUUUAUUAACAAAUUUCGGGAGGAGGAUGCAGAGGUAAUCAGGUUCGGGAACAAUUACCAAUCUCAGAGCCCUCUCCUCGGACUCGUGAAACAGCCUUUGAAUUGCAAGAGUGACAGAGGUGAAACUUUUGGAGGUUAUUAACUAAUUCUGACAUAAAUCCCCAUUAUUUAUUAAUUAUUUUGAAACUAAGGUCCAAACUCUUCACUUAUGUGUAUUGUUCUCAAUUUGUAUUGAACACAUUUAAAUUCAAUUACUUGUUUUUACAAGAAUAGCAUUCAUAUUUAACUGACUUAAUAAUUUCUCAGGACCAAAUAUUGUUUGUCAAGCUUAUUAUUGCCUCUUAAAUCCAAAAAGGACUACAUGCAGUCAACAUGUUCUGAGGUGUCUUUGAAGGUCCUACUCGUUGGCUUUGCCCAUCUUUGUUCAUGCUCAAAAGAAGCUUAGAGAAAAUCACUCCGAGGGUCUCUGGAGUCAGGAUAAUUGUGCCUCUUUUAUGAAGCUUUUAAGUCUAUUCUCCCUCUUUGUGCAGAAGAGCUCCACACUGGCAUGUUUUCCCUCUGAUAUUUUCCAAUUGCUUGUUCUUUUCUCUCAAAUGUUCUCUGAAUUCUGUUUUGACGGUGAGGUAGAAAACAGCAGGAUUGUGAGAGACAGGCUUCAAGUUGGAUAACCGCAAUUGUUUCGAACUAGAGGAGACAAUAAAAGGGCCAGUUUCUGUGCUUCUCAAACACACAGCCCAGGGGCUUUGAGAAAUAAGAAAAAAUUAAGAAAUAAAUCUUUAUAUUAAACUGUGAUUGAAAGAGACGAAAGCGUGUGUUGAGUGAUGAAGCAAGUGCAGGAGAGAGGGGGUUAAAUCUGAACGAGCUCAUCAAAGUGAGUCAGAGAAUGUAUGAUGAUGGAAAAGACUCAGGAUCAGGAGGAGACAGUAAAUCAGGAGUGAAGAUGAUGCAGCAAGUGUGUAGGAGUACUUUGAGAGUAGAGAGAAUCAGAGAAUGCAAGCUGCAUCAACCUGAUAAUGAAUGAAUAAACAACAUUCCCAAACUGUAAUGUUAUGAAGUGGGGAAAGCCUACCUUAGAUGAUUAGAUGGUCUGAAUUGCCUUUAACAGAUUUAAAUCCAAAUGUGACCCUGGGCCACCAAACCAGUUUUAAAUGGCUGGGAUAUAUUUUUAGGAAUAUCAAAAAAAAAAAAAACAUUGUAUGGAUCAAAUUUUUAUUUUAAUGCCAAAAAUCAUUAGGAUAUUUAGUAAAGAUCAUGUUCCAUUAAGAUAUUUUGUACUUUUCCUACCGUAAAUAUAUCAAAACCUAAUUUUUGAUUAGUAAUAUGCAUUGGUAAGGUCUUCAUAUGAACAACUUCAAAGGCGAUUUUCUCAGUUGUUUGAUAUUUUUGCACCCUCAGAUUCCAGAUUUUCCUCGACCAAAUAUUGUCUGAUCCUAACAAACUAUACAUCAAAGGAAAACUUAUUUAUUCAGCUUUCAGAUUGUGUAUAUAUCACAAUUUCAAGAAAUUGAGCCUUAUGACUGGUCUUGUGGUCCAGGGUAACAAAUGUUUAUUGGUUCAUUCCAAAGGGAUAGUUCACCUAACAAAAAAGAAAAAAAAGAAACCAGCGGUGGUCACUAAGGAAAAAGCUGUAUGAAGAUUAUUUUUUAUAAAUACAACUUAUUUGUUGUUGUUCCACAGAAAAAAAUAACGUUGUCCCCAUUUUGGAAAGCAAAUAAUGACAGAACUGUCAUUUUCGGGUUAACUAUCCUUUCAGCUUCACACUCUCCUCUCAGAAAUCGUGGGAAAUGUUUAAAAAUACAUGUGGGAAUGUCAAAGGAGCUAACUUGGAUUUUCCCAGCGAUUCACAAUAGGAGAUCACACCAGUUAAUCCUGGGUACUCUUUCAUCCCUCUCCAUCACUCACUUCUCAAUUAACUUCAGACUCCACCAGCUUGAUGUCCUUUCUUUCACUCAUUCCCUCUGUAGUCUCACUCUCUGUCUACAGGCCAACAUAUCAAGAUAUCUCUAGAGCAUUGCUGUGGAGAAGAACAGAGGACACUUAAUGAAUCCAUAUAUUUAAAGGUGCACUUAAACUUAGUUUGUUUUGCUGGCUGUAGUCUAGCAGUAGUGUUAGUGUAACAGUACAUCCUUAUGUUAGUUUAAAGUCUAAAAUGUUUCAGCAUGGAAGGGAUUUAGGCACUAAUGAACAGAAUGCACAUCUUAGAGUGUUUUUUAUGUAUAAAUUGCUGAGGAUUCACUGUAUGUGUCUUGCAGUCGGACUUUGGCUCUUUAUAAAGUGGGUGGUUUGGAGGGGUGGUAUUUGGGUCUUCUCUGUCAUUCAUUUGAUUAUUUUUACAGUCAAUCUGAAUACUCAAAUAAUGCCUCAAAAACUGUUUUGCCAAACCUGAGGGUAAAAUGUUCAAAAUGGUGACAAUGGCCUUUUGUGUUUAAUUUUGUUUUGUUUUAAUCCUCCAGUAUAAUAAUCUCCUCACAUGAUGUUGGCAUGAGUUUGGCGGGUCUGUCUCUGUUUUCUUGAGCAUCUUUGAGCCUUCACCUGUCCCAAAAUAUGGCUCAGGAAUAUUUAUGACAAUUAUUAGCUUGCAUCUCCUUUUAUUCUCUUUUGCUUUAGUAGCCCUCCUUUCACAAAUAUGAUUUCAUAUUCCAAAAAAACAGGAGGUGAAUAGUAGACAAAUAGCUAUAUUUGUGAAUUUCAAACUUUGUAAAAAGAUGUUAUUUUAUUUAUUUUUUUCAUCACUGAAGUUGUAGUUGUAAUUGUUAUUACUAUUUUUCAGGGUGGGAGAUCGGGGUGGGUGAUCUUAGGGUAACAUGUUGUAUAGCUUUGGACUGGGUUAAUGAAGUGAUCCACGUUAUCCAGAUCUGAUUCAAUCUGAGACCAGAGAAAGUGGCGGAAAAAGAAACAAAGUGUUAUGUUUGCAUGAUUUCCUGUAUUUUUCAAAGAGAUGAAUUAUAUUGUUGUGUACACUGAGUGGAUAUAUGUUGCAAAUGAAGCAAAAAUUAGGCAUUGAAAUGUUGUCAGAACUUGCCAUCAUUUUGAGGCACUGAGGUUUAUUCAUAUCUCAGUGAUGCUGAACUGUCCCUGAAAUACAGUUUUAAACCAAGAAAAAAAGGUGCCUGAAACAAUGCCAUGGGAAAGCUUUGUAUUCUGCCAUAAAAAAAAAAAAAAGAAAAAAAGAAUGUAUUGGUCUGUCUUGUUUAGUGCCAAAAUAAGAUCUUUAUCUCUUAUGGUUAUUUCGAUCUGCAAUGAAAAAGAAAAGCGAGAUCCUAGCUGGGUCAAUUCAUCCUCUGCAGAACUCAGUUCCACCUAACAGACUCCAGAUCAAUAAAUGAGAGUAUAUGGCACAUCCACUACAUUAACCUUGCAGGUGUCCCACUGUAGCCCCUCGCCUCUGCUGGAGAAAAACAUUCUCCCGUGCACGGCUGCUCAUUGGAUCAAUGAUGAAGUAAACAUCAGCGAAUAAAUGUUUCAGCAUUUUAGAGAAGUCAGUGGGUGGAAUAGUCUAUGGGCAGUGAAAGAGAGGUACUUAGAUAGGGGCUGGUCUGUUCGGGACGCUGGAGUCUCUGAAGGCUGUAAGAGAUGCCAUUUUCUAUUUGGCCUGACUGAAGAAAGAGGCCUGCAUUGAUUAGUUAAGGCAGUGAAGCCACAACGGCAUGUCUUGAGCCAAACCACAACACCAAGCUAAUUAUGUCUGAACUCCUGCCAAUGGCUCUUCAGUUCACUGUCCUGUUAGAACAUUAUGCAUGCACAAAUAAUAUAGCAUUUUAUUGGUCGAGGCUAGAAAGAUUCUGAAAAAGGCCUAAAUGUGAGAGAAAAAAAUAGUUAUUCGAUUGAUUUUUUUUUUUGAAGUGGAAACCAAAGCUUUUCCACGGCAACACACAAAACAUCUCCAACUGUGAGUGAGCUUUCUAACAGUUUGAUACCAGACAUCAUAAGUAGUUGAGCCUUCAGCUACAGGAUUAAACAGAAUUGUAAAUGAAUUUCAGCAAUUUUAAAGAGCCUCAUCCACAAUGAGAGAUCAGCUGUAUAUUUCUUUGCAUCUCUUUCUAUCUAAGGAAUGGACCUUAAAAAAGGACACAAUUUCUUUGAUGUGAGAAAAAAAAGCCUCUGAAAUGGUUUACUUACAUUUAUUUUGCUGGUAAUUAUAUCCUACAUCUUCACCACAAAUUCUGUACAAAAGAUCUAUUUCUAUAUUUGCAAUAAAUUUGUAAUUAAAAAAAGCUGCGGAUGCAGUACCUGUU